AUGCCCCUGAAGGAUCCCGGCACCUACUACAGCGAGGAAGCUUUGGCCGCUAAGGAUGCAGCAGAGGCCUACCCCGACCUUGACAUCGUCGACCAUGUCGUCCGUUCCUUAGCGGAGCUCCUUGGACGGUCGGGCAACUUCCACCUACGCUUCAAAGAGCUGCAGGAGGUGCUGUGUGAAACGAACCUGGAGUUGCAGGGCAUCCACAGCGAACUCAACGCACUGAACCUCAAGUUCCAGCGACGGCAGGUCGACGUGACACAUGUGCUGCAGAUGGUGGACAACACUAGGCUCACCCUUCGCAACCGUUACCUGAGUGACGCGGACGACUUCGGCGAUGGGAGCAACGAGCUGAGCGCCUUCUUGUCGAAGCACGCCUCGUCGGAAAAAAGGGAAGUGAAGGUGACGGGCACCGACUCGACUGGCGCCCCGACUACUCAUGAGUACACCCUCCAUGAACAGAACAUCAAGGGUCAGAAAUCUGGCCCGGGCCUGGACGACUACAUCACACUGGCGAAGGGGUACGUGAAGGAGCUGCUGAAGCGACUAGAGAGCCGGAUGAAGGAUCUGGGCUCUCUCGACGGCGCCAAGCUGUUCACGCAGGGGGCGUACCCGAAAUCUCACUCGAAGCGGCAGCGUCUGUUUUUGCAGUGGCUGGAGGCUCUCCGCAAUCUGUUUAAGCGGAAACCGUCCGACCCUGACACCCUGCCUGGUACGUCUUCGAUUUCGGUUGUCAUUGAUUGA